CUGUCAGAGUCAGACGAGCACGUGGUGACCUUGCGGGAGCUGAGGAUGGACUCUGAGGGCGCCUACCGCUGUGAGGUGAUGAGUGAGUCCCCGACCUUCCAGACCUCCUUGGCCUCCAAGAACCUCACUGUUGUGGUGUUGCCGGAGGCGCCGGUGUUGACGGGGCUGCGCGGCGGGUAUCGAGUGGGGGACACCCUCAACGUGACGUGCACCGCCCGCAACGCCAGGCCCGCGGCAACCCUCUCCUUCUACGUCAACAGCAAGCUCGUCCACCCCGGGUCCGGCAGGGUACAGGAAUUCCCAGCAACAGACGGCAGCUACCCUGGAGUGUACAGUAGUAGGAGUCGGCUGGUCCUGCCCCUCUCGGAGCGCCACGCCCCCACGCUCACCCUCACCUGCUACGCCCACGUCCUCAACCUCUCCUUCAAGAUCGCCGCCGCCCUCGAGGUCGAGCCCCCCAGAGGCCCUAUACUCUCCUUCUUUAACGCAGGUGGAGGCCCUGGGACGUCCUGCCUCACCUUCCUGGUGCUGGUGGCCUGCUUCACACACCUCCUGCUCCUGCCUUACCUGCUGCUUCCCUGGAACCCCUCCAGUUGAUCGCCACCACCUCAUCACUCCUACCCACUGCUACAGCAACAACUAUUACGUCCUCCACCACCACCACCACCAUCACCACCGCUGCUACCACCACCACCACCACCACCAUCACCGCUUCCACUGCUGCUCUCCUGAUCUCCACUUCUGGUUGUGUUGGCGAGGGGGUCUUAGAAGUCCUUUAUAAGGCCUGAGGUGCAAAAUGGGCCCUCAGUCUUCAGCUUCCGUUGGGUUGAAGAUCUUAGUGCCACCUGCCACUUACCUCUGCUUCUGGAGGUGUCGGGAGCUUCUCUCUCUCUCCUACGGUCACGGAAGCUGGGGCUGUUGGACUGUACUUCCAGAGAAUAAAAGAACUUAAUGUUCUACAAUACGCUUGGCUGAGCAGGUUCCUUUCCUCUUGCGAUGGAGGCCUUAGAGACUAUAGCUUCCACUAGAGGUCUGAAGGUCUCUAUCCUGUGCUCCCGAUGUCGCCAGAACACUGAGCAUAUUAUACAAAGGAAGGAAGCUCCUCCCAGGGGCAUGGUAGCCAUCACCACCUCUCUCUCAAGGUGCCGUUUCUCUUGCACGAGCUGUUGUCCUACCUCAGCUCGUCUGAAGCCUACUCCUGGAAACUCAUUUUCUCUCUCUCUCUCUCUCUCUCUCUCUCUCUCUCUCUCUCUCUCUCUCUCUCUCUCUCUCUCUUUCUCUCUCUCUCCAACACUCCGGACCAGAGAACCUCACCAACACAAAACUAUAUAAAUAUCUAAACUCACUGUGAAUAUAUAGUAUUUAAUUUUAGCAUGUAAGGGCCUCCCAUCUCACGCACUCAUACUCACACCUCCUCCUCCUCCUGUAGGAAGAGGCUCACACUCACACUCCUCCGCCUCCUCCUGAGGAGAGUGGCUCACCCCUCACACCUCUCCGCCUCCUCCUGAGGAAUGAGGACGCCAGCGAGGAAGGAGGGGAGAGGGAACAGCAGCACCCACAGUAGCACCAGCAGUAUGUAGAUUUUAACUGUUAAUUUAGUGUUGAAAAUCAGUCUUCGAUAAGUUCCUGCUUCUCCUGACGAAGGAGGAGGACGUUCACUCAGCCCAGGUAAAUCUUCAAGUAUUAGUUGUUGAUCUUCCUUGAAGUUCAAGACCUCAAUAAGUGGUGGAGGAAGAUGACGAAGGAGGGCCCUGGUGGUCCAGCCCUCAGGAGGGUUGCUAGGAGGGUCUUGGCUACGGAGACGCCUGCGUCGGUAGGAUCACAGCGGCCCAAGUUAAGGAAAAAUCUCUCGAUAAGUUUAUUGGCUUAAGAAGAGGAUCAAGUAUUGAGGAUGUCGAAGGGGCUGAGAGAUGAGAAAGUAUUUGGCAAAAGUUGUGUAUUUCCUAGCGCUGUGAGGAGAGAGAGAGAGAGAGAGAGAGAGAGAGAGAUCAGAGAGAAAGAUCAUCCAUCUGACGCACUUGUCAACUAUAUAUAUAUCUCGGUCAUCACCAAAUAUAACCAGAUUCAGAAAAUACAAACUUGU